AUGGACACCCUCCAAGAUGUGCUCCGUCCGCUCCUCAAGCCCAUCACCAACAACCUCCCCACCCCCGCCGACGACCUCGCCCUCUCCCUCCUCGGCAAGGAAUGCCACGCCUCGCUCGUCCGGGAGAUCACAUUAACCGACCAAGCCUGUCUCAAGCUCGCCAUCUCCAAAGCCCUAGGCCUCGGCAUCGUCGGCGCCGCCAGCGUCGUCAAGGUGCCCCAGAUCGCCAAGCUCGUCGCCUCCGGCUCGGGCGCCGGCGUCUCCGUCCUCUCCUACGUCCUCGAGACCGCCGCCUACGCCGUCUCCCUCGCCUACAGUGCCCGCAGCGGCUUCCCCUUCAGCACCUACGGCGAGACCGCCCUCAUCGCCGCCCAGAACGUCAUCAUCACCGUCCUCGUCCUCGGCUUCGACGGCCGCCGCGUCCUCGCCACCGCCUUCGUCGGCGCGCUCGCUUUUGCUGCCACGGCGCUCUUCUCCCAAGAUCUCAUCGGCAUGGAUACCAUGGCUCUCCUGCAGGCCGGCGCCGGCGCCCUCGGCGUCGCGAGCAAGGUCUUCAACUACCUCCUCGGCUCCCUCACCCGCAUCUUCACCACCAUCCAGGAAGUCGAUGACAAGCUUGUCCUGUACGGCUACGUUGCCGGAUUUAUCCUCAACGCCAUUCUCGCCGCCCAGAUGCUCUACUACUGGAACGCGCCCUCCACCAAGUCCGAGAAGAAGCGCGAGGAGAAACCCCCUUCCUACGCCGAUGCCGUCAAGACAACGACCUCCACGGGGGCAUCGCCUUCACCUUCCCGGAAGGGGCCCUCGACCCGGAGGCGCGCCUAG